AUGGUCUUCAGUCCUUCAUCUAGUAUCUAUAGCCGAUCCACGGGCUCAUUGGAGCUUCAGCUUGUGCCUAUAACACAACCUGCGAAGCCGAGAGGAUUCAAUAUACCCGACCGUCCUGAAAUUAGGGAAAUCGAUCAUGUUAUUGGGGACUCACUUGGAUUCAGUACGGCCCUCGAGGCAAGCCCUAUUCGGCUACAAAGUGCAAAGAAGCAAGGCAGGUUGUCGCAACGAGAGUUAAAGGAUUUCAGUGAGAAGGAGCUCAUGAGUCUACAAUGGGAAAACGAAUUCUUUGAGGUUUGCACCGAGACUUGGAGGAAAUUGGCAACGAGCAUACGCAAUAUCUCGCAGGAUAUGGAAUCGGAAUGUCACGCUCGGCUCCUGGAUAUGUACCUUUCCCCGCAAUCCGCCCAAUUCGAUAAUAGCUUCCUCGGCGAAAAGAUUGAGAGCAUUGAUACUGCUCUUAAGAACUCUCAUCUCAGAGAAAAGGAAGCCGCCAGGGAAUGGAAAGCUCACUGGGGCCCAUCACGAGAGAUCACUUCUUGGAUUUGA